CCAGCCAAAUGCACCACACACACCCCACCAUCUCUCUCUCUCUCUCUCACACACACACACACUGACAUACAGACACACAUCUUUAGCCACAUCCUCAAGUGAGUGAAAUGAAGGCAUCAUACAUUGCAGUGUGCACUCUGCUGGUGCUGCUCCUGGCAAAAACAGAGGUAACAAUGGCAGUAACAUGCAACCCCACACAGCUGAGCCCCUGUGUGGGUGCAAUGACAUCUUCAAAUCCACCAUCUUCCCUGUGCUGCAGUAAGAUCAAGGAACAGAAACCCUGCCUCUGCCAGUACCUCAAGAACCCGAACCUCAAAAAGUUUGUCGACUCCCCCAAUGCAAGGAAAGUUGCUAACACUUGUGGAACUCCUUUCCCCAAGUGCUAGAUCCCUAAAUCA